AUGUCAUCACAAUCUGCUCCUAUCCGAUCUCAGACUGGAGGCCAGCUCCACGACAAAACUGCAAACCAUCUCAAGACAUCCAAUACCCCACUUGAUGAAGACGACGAGUUUGAGGAUUUCCCUGUUGAAGGUAGACUUGCGAUUGUUAUAUUGCUUCAAUUGCUGAUUCCGAGCUUAGACUGGCCCCAAGAAGAUGCCGAAGCCCUUGGCUCAACCGGCACGAACAACGACCAUCUAUGGGAGGAAAGCUGGGAUGAUGUCGACAGCAACGAGGAGUUUUCGCAGCAACUAAAGGAAGAAUUGAAGAAAGUGGAAGCUGUUAAACACCAAUGA